AUGCCUACGAGUAACACAUUACCAUCCACCAUGUCUUUAUAUGCUUCACGUUUGAACCCUAGCCUGGUGCGGAGUUGCGUGCCAGCUAUUCGCUCCAUAUCCAGAACAUACAGCAAACCGCGGUUAGAUAUCCCACUGCUGAGACCUCAACAAGUCAGGUCCUUGGCCUUCGCUAGCGACAACACACCCAGUAACAAAGCGCCGCCACGCGAAAGGGACCAACAAGCACCCUCGAUCAAAGAAAAGCUACCCGAUCCCGAACAGUCGCCUUUUCGAUUCCGGGAAUUUGAUCUCCAUGGAAAGGUCUUUGUCGUGACAGGCGGUGGCCGAGGCCUUGGGUUGACUUUGGCGGAAGCACUGGUAGAAGCUGGUGGCCAAGUAUACUGCCUGGAUAGACUACCGGAACCCGAAAAAGAGUUCAAGGUCGUUCAGGAACGUCUGGGGCCAAAGUAUGGAGGCGCCUUAAAUUACGACCAUGUCGAUGUCCGCGAAGCAGGCAAUCUGGACCGUGUGAUAUCCGAGGUUGCUGACCGUCAUCAACGGAUGGAUGGCUUGAUCGCCUGUGCUGCCAUACAGGAUGUGACCCCCGCCCUCGAUUACACUCCUGAAAAGAUUAUGGCGAUGAUGGAUGUCAACUAUAAGGGUGUCUAUCGCUCUGCUGUCAGUACUGCUCGGCAAAUGAUCAAGUACAAUUGCAGCGGGUCGAUUCUGUUGGUUGCCUCGAUGAGUGGCCUAGUCUCCAACAGAGGCUUCACAACUUCUGUGUACAAUUCGUCAAAGGCUGCAGUAUGUCAAUUGGCUCGCAGCCUUGCAAUGGAGUGGGGAAAGGUUGUCAACGGGAAACCAAUCCGAGUAAAUGCGCUCUGUCCAGGCAACAUCAUCACACCUAUGGUGCUGAAAAACUUCGAGGACCAACCUGAAUUGAAAGAACAAUGGGAGAGCCAGAAUAUGCUCGGCCGUCUGUCCGAGCCCCACGAAUAUAGAGGAGCGGCUCUACUUUGUCUGAGCGAUGCAAGCUCGUUCAUGACUGGUGCCAAUCUCGUUAUCGACGGAGGAUACACAGCAUGGUAA